AUGUCUCAAAGACCUAAGUUUCUCUUCGUCCUCUCGUCCCAAGCAAUUUUGCCUAGUCGAGGAACCCCUACUGGCUGGUAUCUGCCGGAGCUUGUUCAUCCUUACAACAAGCUGGCCCCGCAUUUCGACAUCGUCGUUGCGUCUCCAGCUGGCGGGGAGGCGCCGUUGGAUCCUUACUCCAUUGAAGUCACUAAAGAUGACCUCGAAUGCCAGGCAUUCUUAAGAGAGAAUGACAAUGUCUGGAAAAGAACGGAAAAGUUGUCUUCAUUGCUGGGAAGAUCGGCUGAGUUUUCUGGGAUCUUUUACGUGGGUGGUCAUGGCCCGAUGUUUGACCUCGCAACCGACUUUGUCUCUCAGUCUUUGAUUCGGGAGUUCUAUGAGUCCCGCAAAGUUGUCUCAGCCGUGUGCCAUGGCCCAGCUGCUCUCGUGAAUGUCAAGCUGUCCGAUGGAACGUAUCUUGUUUCCAACCAGGUGGUGACUGGCCUUUCCGAUGCAGAGGAAGAAUUUAUGCAAUUCACCAAAGAUAUGCCGUUCCUUCUGGAAUCAGAGCUACGAAACCGUGGCGCACAGUAUGAGAGUGCUGAUGGGUUAUUCGGUGUGAAAGUGGUCGUGAGCGGCAAAGGGGGAAAGUUGAUAACGGGUCAAAAUCCACCGAGUGCAGCAGUGAUUGGUGACACCUUACUGAGGGUUAUGAUGUGA